AUGUCGGACGAAUUAGAGAAAGCAUUUUUAUAUUACGAUGAUAUAAACAAGAUCAGGGUCCUCGAUAACAACGUUAUUAAGGAAACUGAAGAUUUGAAAAAUAACUGUAAAGAUUAUGAAACAAAGGUGCAAGAUUUUAGCAAACUAAUUAAUUCACUACUUGAGGUCAUGAAAGAGUUAGGUGAUAACGUGGAAAAACAAAAAAUGGCUGCUAUAGGAUCCAUAAACUUACUUAAAUCCAUAACGAAAGAGAGAGAAAGUGAGCAAGCGAAAUUACAGGCUGAGAUAAGUUCUAAAAGUGCUAUUUUAGAACAACUGGAUAAUGAGUAUGAUGCACUACAAAUUUUAGAAGCAACACAAAAUGAAACAAUUAAUUAUCUAACCCAAUUAAGAUAA